CUCCAGGUGAUGGUGUUGGAAUGGACGGAAAGCUGCCUUCGAGCCUCAGCCUGGCAAGCGGCACUGCCAGCCAGACCUUGAGGGAAGGGGAGCAGCUCUAGCCCAGGGAUUUGGAUGUCACUGGAAAGGCAGGAAGAGGAGGCACCUGGUCUGUAGGUUCAGGCCAGCCUUGGAGCUGCCCUUCACCCAUCCCUGCCUCAUGCAGCCAGAACCUCGUCUGUGGCUGCUUUUCUGUUUCUCCUCCUGCACCCCAAAAUUAACACAGUCCUGUCUGUGGCUGGCAUUGUCACCAGGCCUUGCAAACACCUCCGUCGGACUUAUCCCAACCUGCCUGGAAACACACCAGGGGUUCUGGAAGGACUGCAGUGGUAAAGGUUGCGGCGCUCCCUGGGACACUGAUUCGGAGUGUGGUUGUAUGCAGCUGAGCGUUUGGCGGUGGUUGAAGCCGCGUGGACUGAUGACUGUGGAUGUACACCUGCAGGGAUGGCCGUAGGCCUGCGUGUGUCUGUCAGCAUGGCUGGGGGCAGGCUGGUGGUACUGGCAGCCGCUUCCGCGUGGGCAAGGGGAAGGCCUCUGCCUGCAACAUCCCUCUCCCGUUGGCCCUGGAUCCCAGCCCAGGGAUGGGGAGAGGGAAGAGGGGCUCAGCUUCCCAAGACCCUAAGCUGCUGCUAGGAGAAGAGAAGGAUCCCAGUAUCCGGUCAGAGGCCGCCGGAAGGGCUUGCCUCUCCCUGGCCCAGGGCUGACUCAGCCUCUCUUUUCUGCAGAUUUUCCGCCGUGCGGACAAAAAUGAUGAUGGGAAGCUGUCCUUGGAGGAAUUCCAGCUCUUCUUUGCAGAUGGCGUCCUCAGUGAGAAAGAACUCGAGGAUCUCUUUCACACUAUUGAUUCUGACAACACCAAAUUACUUUGUGGACCACAUGGGUGACUAUGAGGAUGUCCUGGCCUCCCUGGAGACCUUGAAUCACUCUGUCCUGAAGGCCAUGGGCUAUACCAAGAAGGUUUAUGAGGGCGGGAGCAAUGUGGACCAGUUCGUGACCCGCUUCCUCCUGAAGGAGACAGCCAAUCAGAUCCAGUCACUGCUGAGCUCCGUGGAGAGUGCAGUGGAGGCCAUCGAGGAACAGACCGGCCAGCUCCGACAGAACCACAGCAGACCCAGCCACGGUGUGGCACAGACCUGGUAUGGAAGCCCCACUCGCGCCUCUGCCCCCAACCACAAGCUCAUGGCCGUGGAACAAGGCAAGAGCCUUCCAUCUGCCACUGAGGAUGCAAAGGAAGAGGGUCUGGAAGCGCAGAUCAGCCGCUUGGCAGAGCUGAUUGGGAGGCUGGAGAGCAAAGCACUGUGGUUCGACCUGCAGCAGCGCCUCUCGGAUGAAGAUGGCACCAACAUGCACCUGCAGCUGGUCCGGCAGGAGAUGGCCGUGUGCCCCGAGCAACUCAGCGAGUUUCUGGACUCCCUGCGCCCGUAUCUGCGGGGGACCGCCGGAGCGAGGAGCUGCUUCCACAUCACUGCCGUGAGGCUCUCGGAUGGCUUCACCUUUGUCAUCUAUGAGUUCUGGGAGACGGAGGAGGCAUGGAAGAGGCACCUGCAAAGUCCCGUGUGUAAGGCGUUCCGGCACGUCAAGGUGGACACACUGAGCCAGCCUGAGGCCCUCUCCAGGAUCUCUGUGCCAGCUGUUUGGUGCACGGUGGGACGGGACUGACAGCCUCCCAGCGGCCCGCGGAGGAGCCCACCCCUGGCCCCUUCUGCUUGUGAAGGACAUCCCCUGUGUUCUAGAAACUGGUGCAGAGGCUGUGUUUUCAACCCGUCCUCCACACGGUGUUUCCCUGCUGUGAUGUGAAGGAGGCCUCCCUUCCCCCAACACGAGAAGGCAGAGCAGUCUCUGUGCUGCCCGGUCCUGGUGAAGCCCAAGGUUGUGGGUGAAGGGGGCGGCUUCCUGGGGCCAGCACCCCCACCUCCUGGUCCUGGCCUCUCCCCGACCCCUCAGACGGCCAUGCAUGACCCGCACUUACCACGCCCUGCCCUCUUCAGUGACAUUCUUCUACCUGGUAGGAGUUAGGACCCUGUAGUGCCCAACCUAGCCAGGCCGUCGCCACUGGGCCCAGGCGCCGAAUAAACCCUGGUUGGGAA